CUAUGAUUAGUUGAUAUUAACAAAGCAUAUUGCUAAUAAAAGGGAAGCUAGAGAUCAGAAAAACCUUAUUUCUUCCUAUAGAAUGGAAACUUUAAUGAAGCAGAUAAGAACGAAAUUAACUGGUGCAGAGGAGGGGAAUAAAGCUGAUCUAGGUGGGAGCAGGGAUCAGAAAAUUACAACACAGAAAAUCCUGUCCUUCAAAGAUAAGAAAAAGGCUCAGAAUUGGUUUCAGAGACAAUUUUCAAGAAGCAUGAGUCAUGAUUAUGACGCAGAAAUGGAGCAUGCCACAGCAGUAGCUGCUGCUGCAUUCGCAAUUUUUUCACAAGAGGUUUCACAAAUUCAACAACAAAAGAAAAUGAGGGAGAAACCUUUGCCCAGGGGCAAAAGCAAGGUGGAUGAUCCAAAACCUCCGAUUUCUCAGUUUGGAGGCACAUCAAGGCAGUUCUCAGGGUCAUUUAAACCCCCAAAUGAUCAAAUUAACAAUGCUACAAUGGAUUUAAAGAGGCCUGAAAAGACCAUGACCCCACCAUCAAGUUUUGGUGAAAAGGUGAAAAGUAGCACUGAUGGUAAAAAACCUGAGAUCCAAGCCCCAAAAAGGAUUCCAACUUUUGGUGAUGAGGACUUGGUCAACACUGGUGAAAUAAAACCUGAGACCCUACAAUUACCAAGAGUUCCUCCACCAGUUCAUCAGCAAAUGCCUUUAAAGCCGUCACCACCUCGGCCACCAUCACCACCGCCACCGAUCAGGCCGACUUCAGCAAGACCAGGUGCCAAUGAAACAAAAGCUGAUGCCUGGGAGAGGGAGGAGCUGGAGAAGAUCAAAGAAAGCUACGAGAAGUUGCUGGAAACGAUAGAUUCAUGGGAAAAGAGGAAGAAGGCGAAAGCAAUACGCAAGCUAAAUAAGCAUCAGCAUAGUGAAAGUGAGCGGAAAAGGGCGAAAGUGUUGAAGAAUUAUCAAGAUAAGAUGAACUAUAUAAGUCAAAUUGCAGGGGGAGCAAGAGCACAAGCAGAGGAAAGACGAAGGAAUGAAGUGCUCAAAGCAAAAGAGAAGGCAAAUAUAAUUAGAACAACAGGCAAAAUUCCAGGGCCAUGCUCUUGCUUCUAACAACAACAAAUAUAUUUGUACAUAUUACAUAACUGAGUUUGGGUAUAACAAAAAGGAAUAUGUAAUUAUUUGUUUUAUAAUUCUAAGGUUUCUAACUGUACAACUCUCAGUACUCAUUUGUAGCGGGAUAAUUUUCCAUUUUAUAUGAAAAAAAGGAAAGGAGGGGAAAAAUAUUCUGUAAAACUGAACACAUGUGGAGCUAAAUUUGGUGUAAAUUAGUUCCUGUUUUCUUGA